CGUUCUGUAAUCGUGUCCUUUUUAGACAAGCGUCAUCUUUCUUGGAUUCCUUCUGAAGUUGUGGCGAUUUGUGUACAGCACUGCUGCCCAUUUGACGUGGACUUCAGUUAGAAGAACAGUUGAGGUUUUCUUCUUUAGCUGAACUAUAAAGUGCAACUUAAAAUGCCUGGACCAGCAUCAAGUGCAACUAAUGUCGGUGCAGGGAGCCGAUCCCCCAGCAAGACAGUGGCCCCCCGCGCAGCAGGAUCCACAGUCCGACAGAGGAAAGCAACGAGCAGUGGCACACGCAGUGCAGGCAGGACCACAGCAUCAGCGGGUGGCACCGGGGGCAUGUGGCGCUUCUACACGGAGGACUCACCAGGACUCAAAGUAGGUCCAGUACCAGUGCUGGUGAUGAGUUUGCUGUUCAUCGCGUCGGUCUUCAUGCUGCACAUCUGGGGGAAGUACACCCGCUCCUAAACCCCGCCCCAUGACCCUUCACCCUCAAUCCCUGACCCUGCGGCGCAGCUUCUUAACACAUCAGACCUGGACCAAACAACCAACCAACCUGAACCCCCUACAACACUACUCGCCUGGCCCGGCGGGCGGUACAGCCCCAACCUGUCUGGUGUUCUCUCAGAGCAGGGCCGCAGUCCAGUGUCCAACUCCAACUGAACUGCAGACCAGCACCAGUGUGUUGACCCUGAGCACAGAUCAUCCAGGACUGAAUCCUGACAUGACUCCUACUCCUCUCCUACUGGCUGCUGUAGGUCCUAUUGAUGACAAUGGGUGAUUCAUCUCCAGUAAGGAUCGGGCACCUGGUCCCCUCAUCAGGACUUCAGUCAGCAUCUAUAUUUUUCAGCCUGAAUUGGAACCUGUAGAUGUUAACAUCAUUUGGACAACGUUUUUAUUGUGAUAUUGUACAAUAAAUGGACUCAAACAGAA